UCUCACAGCUGUUGUGGUUCAGGCUUCACUGCAGAGGAACUCUCCAGACUCCACAUGGGGCUCAAGCACUCUCACCCUACUGUGUACCCUGGUGACAUCAUCGAGUACCCUAGGAACAAGUACUUCUCUCACUUUGGCGUGUACUACGGAGAGAAGGACGGAGUGCCGUAUGUGGCCCACCUCACCUCUCGAGAUUCCGACUCCAGACUGGUGCUGUUCGGCCGAGCGCUGAGGUCAGAGGUCAAACUGGAUCCUCUAAUGAUGCUGGGGACGAACUACAAGGUCAGCAACAUGCUGGACGACUCAUUCCCCGCGAGGGACUUCCAUACGGUGGUGAAGCCCGCUAUCGACAAUCUGAUUGGCCAAGAGAUGACCUUUGACAUCCUGUACCACAACAGCGAGCACCAGGCCACGCUGCUGCGAUACGGAGUCAAGAAAUCCCAACAGAUUGAGAAGAUCUACGAGCACAUCAUGCAUACGUGGAAGAAAGAGUUUGAAGCAAAGACGCUGUGAAGAGUCGCCACUAGAGGGAGACAUUUUCCACCAAAGCCACUCUGACCUGACGUGCACUUUGACUCAUCACGCGUUUGCUUCAGAUUGUACCACAUUUUUAUUUGAAUAACAGGAUAUGAAAGCAUGUACUUAUGAACUGUGUCGAACAUGAACAGAAAAUUGCCUAUAAAAGUGCUACAUGGUGGUAGUAUGUAAAAAUAAAGUGACCAGACGUCCCUAUUUACCGGAGACAGUCUCAGUUUUGAGCCUGUGUCCCCUGUCCCAGUGGAUUUAUACAAAACCAGUGAUUUAUUCUAGUUUUAUACAAGAAAUGUCCCAGGUGUUCCAAUUUUUGACCAAUUUUACCUUUACCAACAGUAAAGAGAGCCAUAAAUUGUAAUUUGUUUGGGUACAUUUUUUUAAAAGCUAAAAAUGACCAAAACAGAAAGAAAAUGUGACUAUACUGACUGACAUGUUUGUCAUGAAUGGUCUCUGCAGAACAAUUUUCCUUAAUUAUGGACAAGUUUCACAAUUUUUAAAAAGUUUUUUAUUUUGAAAAAUCUAGUCACCCUAUGCAAAAAGUAACUUUAAUCUGAUACUAACCUUCAUCAUGUUUCUUGUCAUUUCCUAACUUGCAUUAAAGUUUUAACACUGUAAAUGACCAA